AUGACCGACCCCACCACCAACGAUCCUCAAAUCCAUCUUACAGAGAUCGACGUUGAUCUCGACGUGCAAGAGAUUCUACUCGCAGCCUCACAGCACGAUAACACCAAACUCCGACGCCUCUGCCACGACAAGACGAACGGCGAGGCUGGAUCUGCCGAUAAGGAGCUGUUGGCAUCUGGUGCGGAGACGGUCAGGUUCUUGUUGCAGGAGGGUGCUAUCUGGAAUGAUCUUGAUAACAAGAAUGAGACGCCGGGUUGUUUGGCGCGGCGCAUUGGGGCGUUGGAGCUCUAUGAGUUGAUUGUCGAUGCCGGUGUGCGCGCAGAGAUGCUACUGAACCGACUGGACGAGUAUGCGGCGCUAUCAGACGGCGAUGAUGAGGAUGAGGAUGAGGGCGAGGGCGAGGGCGAGACUGCAGAGACCACCGAGGACAAGGCAGAGGGCGAGACAGCACCCGAGCUUGUCGAAGUCUCUACAGAACAACCCACCGAAUCUGAAUCUACUACAGCUAACCCCGAUGUUAACAACCGGGGUUACCUCUCAUCAACCCUCUCCAUCAACAACGACCGAAUCCUCGACUCGGACCAAAACGGCGUUAUGAUGCGCUGGGAAAGCGACAUCAUGCUCAAAUCCGCCAAAGCCCUCCUCCCCCGACCGGGCCUCAAAGUCCUGAACAUCGGUCACGGCAUGGGUAUUGUGGACGGCUUCUUCCAAGACCAGUCCCCUGCCGAACACCACAUCAUCGAAGCACACCCCUCCGUUCUGGCCGACAUGAAGGCCAAGGGAUGGGACACCAAGCCCGGUGUGACCAUCCACGAGGGCCGUUGGCAAGAUGUUCUCCCCGGCCUUGUGGGCGAGGGUGUCACAUUUGAUGCGAUCUACUACGAUACCUUUGCCGAGUCUUAUGCCGAUUUCCGGGAAUUCUUCUCCGAGCAGGUCAUCGGGUUGUUGGAGCAGGAUGGUAAAUGGGGAUUCUUCAAUGGAAUGGGCGCUGAUCGGCAGAUCUCGUAUGAUGUGUAUCAGAAGGUAGCUGAGAUGGAUCUGUUCGAGGCUGGAUUCGAUGUUGAGUGGGAGGAGAUUCCAGUGCCCAAGUUGGAGGGCGAGUGGGAUGGUGUGAGACGGGCGUAUUGGGUUGUUCAUAGCUAUCGACUGCCGCUUUGUCGGUUUAUGGACUAA